AUGAAUUUGGGUGGCGAACCAGAGAAGCCGGCUUUGGAGCAGUACGGCAUUGACCUGACAGCGCGGGCGCGGGAGGGGAAGCUAGACCCUGUAAUUGGGCGAGACGGGGAGAUACAUCGCACAAUCCAGAUCCUAUCGAGGAGAACGAAAAAUAACCCCGUGUUGAUCGGGGCAGCUGGAACCGGAAAGACUGCUAUCCUGGAGGGUCUAGCACAGCGGAUUGUUCAAGGAGACGUGCCAGAAUCAAUAAAAGAGAAGCGGGUGAUAGCAUUGGACUUGGGCCAACUUAUUGCUGGUGCCAAGUUCCGAGGUGAUUUUGAAGAACGAUUGAAAAAGGUGCUUAAAGAGGUUGAAGAUGCUAAGGGUGGAGUUAUACUCUUUGUCGACGAGCUGCACACUUUGCUUGGGCUUGGAAAGGCUGAGGGUAGCAUCGACGCGAGCAACCUGCUGAAGCCGGCCCUGUCAAGAGGAGAACUCCAGUGCUGCGGUGCGACAACUUUGAAUGAAUACAGGCAGAUCGAGAAGGACGUAGCCCUUGCUAGGAGAUUCCAGCCUAUCUUGGUUGGUGAACCCAGCGUGGAGGACACCAUUUCGAUACUGCGAGGCAUCAAGGAACGUUAUGAGAUACAUCAUGGUGUUCGAAUCACGGAUUCCGCCCUUGUCGCAGCCGCAGCGUAUAGCAAUCGCUACAUCACGGAUCGAUUCCUACCAGACAAGGCAAUCGACUUGGUUGAUGAAGCCGCCAGCGCACUCCGUUUGCAGCAGGAAAGCAAACCGGAUGCGAUUCAGGAGCUCGAUCGCCAAAUCAUGACAAUUCAAAUUGAGCUGGAAUCCCUCAGGAAAGAAACAGACAUCGCAAGCAAAGAAAGGAGGGAGAAGUUAGAGCAGACUUUGAAGACCAAGCAGGAUGAAGUCAAAGUAUUAAUGGAGAAAUGGGAGAAGGAGCGAGAAGAUCUACAACAACUCAAGAACGUGAAAGAGGAGCUAGAGAAGGCGAGGCUGGAGCUCGAACAAGCGCAGAGAGAGGGCAACUUUGCGAGAGCAGGAGAACUGCGGUACUCAAAGAUACCCCAGUUGGAGCAGCGUCUUCCCCAGGAGGAAGAGGCGAUGACCACCAGGAAUCCCGACUCCUUGAUUCACGACGCCGUUACCGCCGACGAUAUUGCCGCAGUUGUCUCCCGGACCACCGGUAUCCCCGUUUCGAAGCUGAUGCGCGGAGAAAGUGAAAAGCUGAUUCACAUGGAGGACGCACUGCGGCAAUACGUGCGUGGGCAGGAUGAGGCGCUCACGGCUGUGGCGAAUGCAAUCAGGAUGCAAAGAGCCGGACUGUCCGGUGAGAACCGCCCGAUCGCUUCCUUUAUGAUGCUCGGACCUACCGGCGUUGGCAAGACAGAAGUGUGCAAGCGGCUUGCGGAAUUCCUCUUCUCCACAGCCCAGGCUGUCAUCAGAUUCGACAUGUCAGAAUUCAGCGAGAAGCAUACCGUCUCGCGUCUUAUUGGCUCUCCCGCCGGCUACGUUGGCUAUGAGGACGCAGGUCAACUGACCGAAGCGGUACGGCGGAAGCCGUACGCAGUGCUUCUGUUCGAUGAGUGGGAGAAGGCGCACAAAGACAUAUCCACUCUCUUGCUUCAGGUCCUGGAUGAAGGCUUUUUGACCGACGCUCAGGGCCAUAAGGUCGACUUCCGCAACACCAUCAUUGUCCUGACUUCUAACCUUGGCGCGGAAAUCAUUGUUGGUGAUGACAUGUUGCACAGAGGCAAACAAGAGGAAUCUGCUAGGAUCUCCCCGGAGGUCCGCAACGCUGUCAUGGACGUCGUUUCUGCCACCUAUCCGCCUGAGUUUCUAAACCGGAUUGACGAGUUCAUCAUCUUCAACCGUCUUUCUCGCGAAGCACUCAGGGAUAUCGUCGAUAUCCGGUUGAAGGAGCUACAACAGAGGCUGGAUGAUCGCCGCAUCACGCUUGAGGUCCCGGAUGAGGUCAAGCAGUGGCUCUGCGAUCGGGGCUACGAUCCGAAAUUCGGUGCUCGUCCUCUUAACAGACUCAUUUCAAAGGAGAUCGGGAAUGGGCUUGCUGACAGGAUUAUCAGGGGUGAGAUCAAGGGCGGGGAUGUGGCAAAGGUAUCGAUCAAGGAUGACAAGAGUCAUCUGGAGAUUGUCAGCGCGAAAGCUUGA